AUGAUCGUCCAGAAGCUAAACGAAGCUAUGGAUGAACCUGAAACAGCGAGCGUUUCCCAGUUGAAGGCUUAUGAGAAGAAAUUGGAACUACAUUAUUCGGAGUAUGCGGUGAAGCAUGACUUAAUCGUGACUCAGUGUACUAGUGAAAACAUGGAGGAUCAGGACAAUAAGUUGGACGAGUUCGACGAGCUGCACACGGAGGCGUUAGUGAAGCUGAAUCAACUGUUGGAGCUACUUCGUGCUGAUCCACAACCUAAUAAUGGAGUUCCCCAAGUGAUUGUGACUCAGCAACCUCUGAAGACGCCGAUCCCAACCUUCGAUGGGAAGUACGAAGGUUGGCCAAAAUUCAAAGCUCUCUUCAAUGACUUGAUCCGAAAGUGUGGCGACUCCGAUGCAACUAAACUGCAAUACCUGGACAAGGCGCUGAUCGGUGAAGCUUCUGGUAUCCUUAAUGCCAGAAUUAUCAACGACAACAACUAUCAGCAAGCAUGGGAGUUGUUAGAGGAGCGCUUUGAAAAUCCGAGAGUGAUUAUUGACACCCAUAUUUCCGGUUUAUUGUCGAUGAAACCGAUAGCCAAACAAAGCUUCAAGGAGCUAAGGAACCUUAUCGAUACAUGCAAUCGCCACGUGGAAGGAUUGCGGUUCAUGGAGCAGGAGGUUGUUGGAACAGCCGGUCUAAUCGUGGUGAAGCUACUUACAAUGUGCCUUGAUGGAGAAACGCGGAAGCAGUGGGAGCUCACCAUGGAGCACGGAGAACUUCCUGACCUCGAAGAAUCCAUGAAGUUCCUAAGAAGUUAUUGCCAGGUACUUGAGAGAUGUGAAGUAGACAAGGCGUCCUCAGCUAAGGCAGCUGUUAAGCCUCCUAUGAUGGGGAAAACCAGCUCAUCGCAAAGAACCUCCAAUCCAGCAACAUCCAGUUCACCGGAGAAUGUGUGUGAAAUAUGCGCGGGUCAACACUGCAAUUACAAGUGUCCUUCUUUCUUGAGCAUGAGUGUUGAUCAGCGUGUUACCAAGGUGAAGCAAAUCGGACUAUGUUUCAACUGUCUUAGGAAAGGCCAUCAAAUCAGGGCUUGUCCAUCAGAUAAGUCAUGCUCGAGGUGUUCCAAAAAGCAUCAUACCAUGUUGCACUUCGAGCAGGUAUCCCAAGCUGAGCCGAAGCAGAAAACUCCAGGUGGAACAUCCAAGCCGCAGGAGAUGCAGACAGCAGCAGCUGUUCCUGAGGAUCCUGUGUCUAUAGCCUGUUCCAGUAUGCAACAACGAGUGAAACAAGUGUUUUUGAUGACCGCAUUGGUGAAUGUUACGUCAAAGAGUGGAAGGAACUUCAAGUUGCGUGCUCUCUUCGAUUCCGGGUCUCAGAUCAACCUGGUUUCUGAAUCUGCUGUAAAACUGCUAGCGCUUCCGAAGUAUCCUGCCAACGUGCCAGUCGUAGGAGUGGGUGGCGCCAGAUCUCAAAUUCAUCAUCGUGUGAUCCUGAAGUGUUUCUCCGACUACACCGAUUUCCAAAGUGACAUGGACUGUUUGGUGACAGCUAGAGUGACAGGAAAGAUUCCAUCUGUUCCAGUUGACAUCUCGGAGUGGAAGUUCCCGAGUGGUAUUGUGUUGGCCGAUCCAAGCUUCAACGAACCGAGAGAAGUGGACCUACUGAUCGGUGCCGAGCUGUUCUUCAAAAUCCUGAAACAAGCUCAGCUGAAACUCUCUGAUAAUCUACCCGUACUGUACGAGACUCAGUUCGGAUGGGUUAUUGCCGGUGCUUUAGAAGAGUCCGAGGAGGAAGUCGUCAAUGUGCUGUGCGCCACAAAUGAGGAUCUGUUGCUGAAGAGCAUUCAGAGGUUUUUCGAGCAAGAAGAACUUCCAGAAGAAAAAGUCCUGACGAAUGAAGAGCAAGCGAUAGAAGAUCACUUCUGCAAAACUUAUCGACGAGAUGAGGAUGGCCGAUUCGUGGUUCAACUACCGUUCCGUGAGUCCAUCAAUGAACUAGGAAACUCCCGAUCAUUAGCGUUGAAGAGGUUCCUGUCAAUUGAGAAACAUUUAACCAAUAAACCCGAGAUGAAAGAGAUGUACCAAGAGUUUAUGCAGGAGUACAAAGACCUUGGUCAUUGCCACGAGAUCCGUGAGGAUGACGAUCCGCCUGGCCGACAGAGCUACUAUUUGCCACAUCAUGCUGUACUUAAACCUACGAGUACCAGCACAAAGUUACGUGUUGUAUUUGACGCCAAGGUGAAGUCUAACGGAUUAUCCCUCAACGAAGUUUUGAUGAUUGGCCCGAAGAUUCAGAACGAUCGGUUCACAAUCCAAUUACGUUUCCUGAUGCACAUAUAUGCAUUUUCUGGAGACGUUGAGAAAAUGUUUAGACAAGUGAAACUUGAUCCAAGACAGACACAUUACCACAGAACUUUCUGGCGUGACCAACCGAUGGACCCGAUAAAAGUGAUGGAGUUGUUAACGGUGACCUACGGGACGUCUCCUGCAUCGUUUUUGGCAGUGAGGUCCAUGGUUCAACUAGCGAGAGAGGAAAGAGCCAACUUUCCUGCAGCUGCAGAGGCGAUAUUAGAGGACUGCUACAUGGACGAUAUAUUGAGUGGUGCCCCAACACUUACAUCCGCGAAGCAACUGCGAAGUGAUAUCGAGGAGGUUAUGAUGAAAGGAAAAUUUCCUAUCCAAAAAUGGUGUACCAACGACGACGACAUUCUUGAAGGUGUUCCGGAUCAAGACCGUGAAAAGCUAGUUCGAAUAGGAGAUUCUGGUACCAACGAAGCGAUUCGAGCUUUAGGUGUUCUGUGGGACCCAAGAUGUGAUCAGUUCCUGUUUUGGAGAAGCCCGGAAGUGAUGCAACCGGAUGUGAAGGUGACUAAAAGAUUAGAGCUGUGUGCCGCUGUGGUAUUGGCCAAACUGGUUAGUGUAGUGAUUCCUAUUCUGAAAACCGAAUUCCACGAUAUCAAGCUGUGGUCUGAUAGCCAAAUUGUGCUGGCAUGGAUAAAGAAGAAUCCGGAUCAACUUCAAGUCUACGCCAGAAACCGAGUUUUGGAUAUUAACAAACUGACUAGUGCCUACGAGUGGAAGUACGUCAGAUCCGAGAAUAAUCCUGCGGAUUUGGUGUCCAGAGGGUGUUACCCUGGUGUGUUGCAUCGUUCUGAUAUGUGGUGGAAUGGUCCACUAUUUCUGCAGGAUGUUAACUACGAUAUCCAGGAGACUCCGGUGAUUCAAGAUGAAGAGUUACCAGAAAUGCGACAAGUUCAAGUGUGUAACCCAGCGGUCGAUGUUGAAGACGAUCCGGUAUUCGAGCGGUGCGGAUCGUUUUCCAAGCUGCAACGUGUAUUGGCGCAGGUGGUGAGAUUCACUCGACUGAUACGAAUGAAAAAGGAGAAUCGUAAACAUGCAAGAUACAUUUCUGUGCAAGACAUGCGGAAGGCAUUGGAUUACAUAGUAAGGAUUUUGCAGAGGACCGGAUUGAACGAGGAGAUCCAGUGUGUUCAGCGUAAGGAGUUGCCGAAGCGAUUGGCGAAUCUUCAACCAUUCCUGGACGAAGAAGGUUUCCUUCGCGUCGGCGGGCGUCUACAAAACUCUAAAUUACCGUAUGACGCCAAGCACCAAUUACUUCUUCCACGCAAUCACCGAGUGACGGAAAUGUUGAUUCGUCAAUAUCACGAGGAGAGACUUCAUGAAGGGCCAUCCGGUUUGCUGGCAGCAAUAAGGCAGAAGUACUGGUUGGUAAAUGCUCGAUCUGCCAUCCGGAAAGUGACUCGAAGCUGCGUAAAGUGUUUCAGGACUAAGCCGAGAGGAAUUCAGCCCUUAAUGGGAAAUUUGCCGGAGGAGCGUGUGAAUGUAGCAGCAGCGUUCGAACUCACUGGUGUGGAUUACGCCGGCCCAGUGAUUGUGAAAGAAGGAAGGUAUAAGCCGAAACACGUAAAGGCAUACAUUGCACUGUUUGUCUGCCUAACAACGAAAUCGAUUCACCUUGAAUUGGUUUCGGAUUUGACAACCGAAGCUUUUCUCGCCGCUUUAGAUCGUUUUAUCAACCGUCGUGGAAUGAUUCGUAAAAUUAUGUCAGAUAACGCGACCAAUUUUAUUGGUGCUUCGAAAGAACUCCACAAAUUGUACUUGAUGUUCCGUGACGAGACCGCAAGAACGAAGAUCAACGAUUUUCUGCUCAAACGAGAGAUUGAGUGGGAAUUCAUUCCGCCUAGAUCACCCAACUUUGGGGGUUUGUGGGAGGCAGGAGUAAAGGUUGUCAAGUCCCACAUAUAUCGUACUUUGGGCAACGCAAUUUUGACGUUUGAGGAGUUCGGAACAGUAUUGACCCACAUCGAAGCCAUAGUGAAUUCACGACCCUUGUAUGCACUGUCUGAGGACCCGAACGAGCCGCUUCCGAUAACACCUGCUCAUUUGAUGAUUGGAAGACCAUUGGAACCGAUUUUGAAGCCGUCGUACUCCGAUGUAGCAGUGAACCGUCUGUCUCGCUAUCAGUAUAUGAACAAUUUGCGUGAUCGGUUUUGGGCAAAGUGGUCGCAUGAUUAUCUAUCAACGCUUCAAUCGAGGGCAAAGUGGACAAAAAGUGAACCGAAUGUGAAAAUGGGUACUAUUGUGCUACUGAUGGAAGACAAUCUACCAGUUCAGUCAUGGAGGUUGGGUCAAAUUGUUGCACUUUACCCGGGAAGGGAUGCCGUGAUCAGAGUCGCCGACGUGAAGACUGCAACGGGAGUAUUCCGGCGCUCCAUUCGGAAGUUGGCGCCUCUUCCUAUUACCGACAACGACCAAUCGAAGAUUUCCGCUUUUGGAAUGGUAUUCCAACCGGCGGGAGUAUGUACGCGAUGA